AUGUCACGAGCUUACGAAGACCGCCACUUUGCCAGAUUCUCGUACGACGCUCGGCGUCCGUGUACCAGUUACGGCCAUCGGAGCGCACGCUUCGUGGAACACGACCGAAAUCGUCGACUUUGGUACUGGCCCACGAUUGUCUCGCCGGGGAUUCGUUCGGCGUACUCGGAGUCCCUGCUAGGGCACCGGUCGCAGAUCAUUCCAGGACCUCUGGUCGAAGUGGAACCCCGCGACCCGGACCACGGGAGGUCCGCUUUGGAAACGAACUACAGUCCUGACGUCCUGGUGGCCUGGUGCCGGUUCCGUCAGAACAACAAGCUCAUGGGUGAAGUCCUUGGUCGGGCGAUGGUGGAGGCAACCGACUCUCAGGACUGGACGGAGACUUUGGAGCUCCGCAAACAGCAAGUGGCCGUGCUCGAAGGGAAGCUGGCCACCAUACGGCAAGAGGAGAGACAGCUGGCCGAAGACCUGGCGUCCCAGAAGCAGCGGUACCUGGACGAGGCCCAAGCCUUCCAGACCAGGCUGAUCACGUGCAGAAGUCAGGAAAAACUGGUCCAGCUUGCACGCAAGGCCAAGCUGCCGCACAAGCGGUCAUCGAAACCCAACGUUUGCAAGACAGCCUUCCGGCUCCGUUGCGCACCUGAGCCGAACGCCGUCGAAACAAAUAAAGGUCCGUGUUGA